GCAAGCCAGAACUCUCUCGGCAGCGAUUAGACACAGGGUUAGGUCUAUUUUUCAGCUAGGAGAAUACUCUCGCACGUGCUAAGGCACAUCUUCAAUCUCUCUUUACUACAGAGCAUCAGUUUACCAUACCGAAAAUACUUUAUACAAAUAAAGUCUCUUUAAAGCUAUUCCUUUGGAUUCGACCCCUCUUUCCUUGAAGAACUCUGCAGUAACUACAGACGGAAUUGCAGACGGAACUAUUCAAAAUGAACCCUUUGGAUACACUUGACGACCGCCAACUUCGAGGGUUUUUCAGGCGCAGUAAAACAGAAAUGUCUUGCAUGGAUAAGCCAAAAUUAUUCUUAAAGCAACUGCGGGACCACAAGCUCAUUCUUGAGGAGAAAUUUCAGGAGAUGAUCCGUAUAAAGAGAAAGGAAGUAAUGCAGGACAACGUAUAUGAACUUCUGAACUGGAUCGAGACAGAGCGACCCCGGAAAAUCAGGUUGUUCUGGAUCUGCGUCUUCAAGGAAUUCAUCAUGACCCAGUGCCCCACUCUGAAGCGGCUACAAGACUCUCUUCGCUCUCUGCCGAACGGGGAAAAUGCAGAGAUCUGGACGUUGGAUAAGUACAGGCACCAUCUGCCUGUUACCUGUGGUGAUGAGCAGGGGACGCUCUACCGCGACAAACUGGCAAAAGGAGAGCCGUGCAUCCUGAGGAGCAAGAAGUGGUACACACCCUGCGCGUUUCAGAAGCUGGGCGGCAAGCUCAGCCGCAGGAACUGGAAGACGAGUAUCCGUUGCAAGGACACCACGUUAGAAAAGCUAUUGAAGGACAGACACCUGACAUGCCCGGGAUAUAAUAAGAGCAAGGCUAAGAAAUCGACGCUCCCCUGCAGCUCAAACACCGUUUCAGCUAUCUCUGAAAGCGAAGAAGAGAUGGAGGAAGAGGAGGGGGAGGAGGAGGAGCUGCAGGCCAACCCGGAUGAAGAGGUUAGCAUGGAGGACGAAGUGGAACUGCAGGGGAAUGAUUGCUCUACGCAGAACUCCGAUACAGGCUCCUUCCCACUUUCUGAUGAGGAGAGCAGUGGCGAACAUGCAAGGGAAGGACUCUCGGAAGACAAGUCCAUGGGGAAAGAGAGAGGGGGGAGAGAUAAACUUGGGAGUUUCUGUGACCGGGACGAGCAGCAGGGACACUCUUCUUCUCAGGCUUCUCCAAGGAAGAGGAAGCCAACCUUCGGCUCUCUGCCGAAGGGGGAAAAUGUGGAGAUCUGGACGUUGGAUAAGUACAGGCACCAGCUGCCUGUUACCUGUGGUGACGAGCAGGGGACGCUCUACCGCGACAAACUGGCAAAAGGAGAGCCGUGCAUCCUGAGGAACAAUGAGUGGUACACACCCCGCGCGUUUCAGAAGCUUAGCGGCAAGGGCAGCCGCAGUAACUGGAAGAAGAGUAUCCGUUGCAACGACACCACGUUAGAAAAGCUAUUGAAGAACGGACACCUGACAUGCCCGGGAUAUAAUAAGUGCAAGGCUAAGAAAUCAACGCUCCCCUGCAGCUCAAACACCGUUUCAGCUGUCUCUGAAAGCGAAGAAGAGAUGGAGGAAGAGGAGGGGGAGGAGGAGGAGCUGCAGGCCAACCCGGGUGAGGAGGAGGUCAGCAUGGAGGAUGAAGUGGAACUGCAGGGGAAUGACUGCUCUACGCAGCGCUCCGAUACAGACCAAGGAGAUAAUCUGGAGGAAGUGACAGACGAGAGGCCCAGGGUCGGCCAGAAUGAGUUCAGAGUGAUAUGUGGAGCUCUGAGUGGGAUGCUGCACAAGAGCCGCUUUGCCUCAGGGAGGUGUGGGAAAAGUAUUCGGACGGAGGACCGUUGGAUGAGUCCAGUGGAGUUCGUGGCGCAGGGUUCAGCAAUGCCUGACGCCCUCUGGAGGAGGGACAUUCAAUGGGAAGGACAGCCGCUGAGCAGCAGUCUCAUUGAGAGGAAGAUUUUGCACUUACACUCUGAGCAGUGUGACUGUUCACUGUGCCAUCCAGACCCUCAAGCCCUGAAGGAACAGAAGAGCGAUGAAUAUUGCUUUGUGUGUGGGAGAUGGGGUGACCUGGUGAUGUGUGACCACUGUCCACGCUCCUUCCACCAAAAGUGUCACCUGCCCCAGCUGGACCCCUCUAUACUGGGGAAUGAGUAUCUCCCUCGAACGACGUACGAAGAGACCCUCAUGAUUCCUGUCUCCAACCAGAUGCUGCCGUGCCACUACCUGCUCCUGUCUCUGUACCAUGCAGACAAGGAUCACAUUUUUGCAAAAGAUCCAUGCAUCGAUGUGAGGGGAUACAGCUCUCAAAUCGUGACUCCUAUGUGGCUGGACAAGAUCACAGAGCAGCUCCUAGACCAGCAGUACACCAUCGGAAUGUUAUUAACCGAUAUCCAACUCAUUUUCUCCAACUGUGAUCAAUUUAACCAGAAUAAACCAGAGUUCCGGGACAUGGGAAUCAAGCUGAAAGAGUUCUAUGAACAAUUUGUGGAAAAGGUUUUUCGCAGGCAGUAGCAGAGAAAUGCAACGUGCUGAUGGACCUUGGACAUGCUAGAAUUAAAUGCGUGGAUUUGUCACUGUGCUGCGUUUAGCACGUUGAGGAACAAGGCAGUUUAGCAAUAAGAACGGGUACUCGUCUGUGUGAAAGGCAUAAAAUUCCUUACUUUAACCUAAAAUAACUUUUUAUAAUGUUCUGGUCUUUAAUGUAUAGAAUUAGGGCUGUCAAAUAUUAUCAAAUGGAAUGACACAUUAUCAUAAAUACAAAAUAUACUUCAUAAAUAAAAACUAGUCCAAGUGAUUUUGAGGGGGUUUUAUUGACUCAGUGUGGGUUGAAUAUGAAACUUAUAGAACACAACAAAUUUGGGAAUUGUAAACGGGAAGUUACUUAGUACAAUUGUAAACCAACAGUUACUACAAGUGAAGGUCACUUAAGUAGCGCCACAGAUUUGGGAAUUGUAAGCAAAAAUCACAGCCAAAGUAUAAAUAUAACUAAUGGAGAUUUUCAACAUCUCAGGAUGAAGAUAUUUAGGCCCCGUUCACACGAAGCCGAAACGGGCGAAACCGUUACGGUUUCGAUCUAUCCGGUUUCGAAGUAUCUCCGUAAAGACGAAGCCAAGUGAAACCGGGUAGAUCUGUAGAAACGCUGUAGUACACAUUCCAGGCCCAUAAGGGGCGCUGCUUCUGGUACAGAAAUCCAGAAGAAAUGAAAUAAGAAGAAGAGGCGAGCAUGCGCAUAAAGGCUGCCCUUAUGCUCAUGCUCAUAGACAUCAUAUAGGGCUAUAUGAUGUCUAUGCUCAUGCUCGCAUGUGAUUUCUGAGACUCCGCGGGCUUAAGAGCCAUUGGCUAGGAGGUCGAGGGGUGGGGCGAUGACGUCAUGGUUUGCGGUUUCAGUCGGUUUCAGGCAUACACACGAAUCCAAAACGAAACCGGGUAGAUUUGAAACCACCUACAAGACCUUUGCGGUUUCGCCAUGAAAUCGGCUUUGUGUGAACGGGGCCUAAGUCAACAUCACGUUAAUAGUCUGAUUAUAUACCAGGAUAAUUGUGAGGACAUUCCAUUGGUAGGAUGGGGGUGCUAAAUGUGAUACCAUAGAAUGAAUUGGCUUCUAGGAUACCCCUCACAGUUAUACAUUGCUUCACUCUCAAAAAGGAUGUGUUGGAAACAACAUAUUCUUAACGCAUCCAUGUGUUUAGUUAAGGACAACACAUCUUGGGCCCUAUUUUAACGGUCUGAAACGCAAGUGAGAAGCGCCAAGCGCAAGUAGCUUUGUGGGCGGUUCGAUGGCGAUGUCGAUAUUUUACCGGCGCAAAAAAUGACUGUUGCGCACGGCGCAAAUCUAAAAAGGGUUGGUCUGAAGUAGCCUAAUUACCCGUAGGUGUGGUUUGGGCGUAACUUGCAAUAAACCAAUGAGAGUGCCAUCUCCAAUCCCCUUUAAGAGCCAUGAGCGCAUUUGAAUCUGACGAGUUGAUAUUUUGACAGCGCGUCAUGCAGUCUCCGAUGAGACAGAUGCACAUGAAUUUCAAACUUCAAAUGCCUCAGUUUAUGGCCAAAUAGUAUGGCCUAAUUUACACAUGGAAUAAGGUUUUCUUCCACAACUUCAGAGUUGAGUCCUCAAAUAAAUUUCGGCAAAGAAAACUUAUAUGAUAUAACAUGAUAUGCGUAACUGUGGUUCUAUUUAAUGAUAUACCCAAUAUAUUAUAAACAUCGUUUCUUAUCAGUGUUGUAUGCAUUAUCGUACCUUACUUAAUUAAGUCAUUAAUUUGGAUGGUUGUAUUUCUCCAGGUCUUGACUAUCCUACUUGGUAGUUAUGCUGUGCGGUUCCUCGCAGAAAUAGCCGCGGUCGCCUUUGUAGGCCUGAUUAAAAGUGAGAAUUUGGACAAGGUGAAAAAUAAGAUAUUUGACAGGAUUGCGUCGCCCUCCACCUUUGACAUUUGGUCAAGAAAAAUGUAGACAUCGUUUUAUAUCAUUUAGCAGCCUCUCAUAUAAUCAGCCUGUUAUGCGGCAUUUGUUUUUACACUUAAAUAAAAUAUCGAAAAAUAUGUGUAAUGAGAUGGUAGCUGUGGUCUAUAUUUAU